AUGAGAAAGUUUGGUGGUGUCGAUAUAAUAGGCUGCGUUGUGGAUUCUGACUUCGUCAAGGGACUAAGACCGAGUAAAGAGCGCAAUCUCGGCCUUUGGGUUCUCAGCUUCGGUAACAAAGUUGUUGAUGUCGUCCGCGCUAGUCAAGUGCUUGUAAGACUGGACUCUGAUGAAUCAGAGCUGUUCUUUUGA